CACAGUCACAUAAACAGACGCUAACUUACCAAGCUGCACAUGAAAACAACGGCAGGUAGCUGGGCCAGCGCUAGGCCGCGUUUCCGUCCGGUUCUGUCGGGACAGCAGUGGGUGAGACCCACCUGAGCAGAGCCGAAGCGAAUGCUACCGUUUAGCUUCUGAGUCGCAGUCCUGUCCUAAGCUGCGCUAAUACUACAACCGUGAAGACAAAGAUCCGGGAAGACCAGUUGCAUGCUGGUUAACCCUGCUGCCCUACAUGCUGGACACUGCUGUCUUAGUCCAUUUGUGUCUCCUCAGUCAUUCUGUCCCCGUGUCUUCACAGAGAGCUUUCUGUCCUCUGUGGAUGGAAGUGUGCAGCUCAGCGAUGGGACCAGAGAGAGUCUUGCCGAGGUCUGAGGACGAGCUGGGGGAGGACGAGCGUCCCGUGGACGGAGCUGUGCUGCCUACUGGGGCUGUGUGGGGGGGCGGGGGGGAGGAUGGGGCAGAGAUGGAGCUGGAUGGAGAGGAGGUGGAGGAAGAGGAAGAGGUGAGCAGCGGAGGAUACUAUUACCAGCCUUUAAACCAGGAGCCAGAAGGUCCUAACAGCAGCCAACACCACGAGGACACCGGGGAGGACAGAGAAGAGGUGUCCCACUCUGAGCAGCUGCAGCAGGUGCAGCACAGAUUAGAGGUGAUGGGUCUACAUCUCCCUGAAGCUCCACUAUCUGACAGUGAGGAAGAGGAUGAUCCAGAGGGAGCAGCAGCCCAGAGGAGCAGAGCCUCCAUCCCCAUGGAUGCUGAUCAUGUGGAGCUGGUGAAAAGGACCAUGGCAAGCGUGGCGCUGCCAUCUCUCGGUGUGCCACUGUGGGCGCAGGAGAUCUCUGACGACCAAUGGAAGGACAUGGUCCAGCACACACUACAGAGCCGACAGAGUUCUGCUGGGCUGUGGCUAACGCGCCGGAGCAACAUCUAGGAACCCUGAACUUACUGGGACCACAGGACAAUUAAAUCUUGAACGAUCCAUUCCUCCAAACUUCUUGCAGAGCCUGAAUGGCAUCGAUUAGCCUAAAAUGUGCCGCAGUGAGCCUUGAAUGCAGCGCCCUGGAGAGUUCAUUAGCUUGCUUGAUCUCCAGCUGCCCGUUGUUCUGAUUCUGGAUGGAAUUUGGAUUCAAAAGGUAAAACCAGGAACUGAGAGGCUGAUGUUUUCAGGUGAUCGGUUAUACAUUCAGUUAGUCUUGAUCCAGUUCUGAGCUUUUACUGUCCUGAUGGUUGAUUUAACGUUGGUCUUGUGAUCAAUCAGCACUUUAUUGCUUCAAAAAGUCAAAACAUGAGUGUCGCUCUGAUUGGUCAACGAGUGAAAGCCGGUCUGUUUUUAUUUUGAAUUUGUAACUUAACAUUUGGAUCAGAACCUGCCAGUCCAGUUCUGGUAAUCCAACUCCUGAGUGUAAAAUGAUCUUCCUUUAUUAAAGUCUGUGAAAGAACCAAACGGC